GGGCUUUAAGGCGCUCCUGUGGACCUGCGUACUGAGAGGACGCGCCAUCCCGCCGUCCUUAUCCGCUACUGCAGCCAUUAAACCCAAGUAUAAGUAUUUAAAAUAUUAAACGUCUCCGUCUUCACGAGCUUUGACUGCGUCUUCCCCUGUCACCGCUUUGCACGGUCAUCGUGCAAGGACUUGCAAAAGGGCCAUGGCGCAAAAUGGGUUUCUUUUAACGGCACUUCUUUUUUGCUCGGCGUGGGCAGGACUUUUGGCUCAGGACAAAAUUAAGUUCAGAGAAUGCCCUGUGGACCUGUUCUUUGUGCUGGACACAUCGGAGAGCGUGGCCCUCCGAGGCGUCGCACACUAUUAUUUCAACAAGAUCAAAGCCUUCGCUACGCACUUCAUCGAUGAACUCAAGGAUUUUCGCCAGCCAUGUGAUCGACAUCUAUCCUGGAAUUCUGGAGCGUUGCACUACAGUGAUGAGGUCGAGCUGGUGAAAGGCCUGACGGAAAUGAGUCCGGGAGGUCGCAGCGCACUUAAAAAAGCCAUAGAUUCCAUUAAAUAUAUCGGCAAGGGAACAUACACGGACUGUGCCAUUAAGCAGGGUAUUGCAGAGCUGCUCAUAGGUGGCUCUUACUAUAAUGAGAAUAAAUACAUUGUGGUUGUGACGGACGGUCACCCAGUCAGUGGUUAUAAAGAGCCCUGUGGAGGGAUUCAAGAGGCAGCAAACGAAGCCAGGCAGCAUGGCAUCAAAGUGUUUUCUGUGGCCAUCUCCCCAGACCAGGAGGAGUCCAGAUUGUCCGUCAUUGCCACAGACUCGAGGUAUAGGCAGAACUUCACCGCUGUGGACAGCACCAGUUCCACACACAUGAACACAAUCCACACCAUCAUCGACAUGAUCACCAAUGAAACAAAGGAUGUGUGUUGCUCCUUUGACUGCACUGCACCGAGUGGUGACCCUGGCCCACCUGGUCUUCCUGGGAACAGAGGGGAGCCUGGAAGACAAGGGCUGCCAGGAGAGAAAGGAGAAGCUGGGCUACCGGGACGUCCUGGUGAUCCUGGUCCAGUUGGUUAUCAAGGCAUGAAGGGAGACCAAGGAGAAAGAGGAUACAAGGGAGAAAGAGGCCACAAGGGCUUCAAGGGUGACAAAGGACAGCCUGGAAGAGAUGGAAUUGAUGGGCGUAAGGGUGAGCCAGGGUUUGAUGGUCUACCAGGUUGCAAAGGGUCACCCGGGCAGGAUGGUUUGCAAGGGGAGCCAGGCCCGAAAGGAGACCCUGGUCCUUAUGGACUAAAAGGAGGAAAAGGAGAGUCUGGUGCAGAUGGUGGAGCAGGGAGACCUGGUAACUAUGGAGACACUGGAGGCAAGGGUGACAGAGGACCAAGAGGAGCUAAUGGGGAUAAAGGAGAAAGAGGAGAUGAUGGAGCACAAGGACCAGAUGGCCCAAGAGGCGACAGAGGUAUAGCAGGCGAGAAAGGUGAACAAGGCUCCCGUGGGAACAGAGGACCCAGAGGAGAACCUGGUGAGCCAGGUCCUCGGGGCGAGACAGGACGUGAGGGAUCAUCUGGACCUAAUGGUGACCCAGGUGAGACAGGAAAGCCUGGGCCUCCAGGUUACCGUGGAGAUGAGGGUCCCCCAGGUCAAGAGGGUAGUAAAGGACCCAGAGGAAUCAAAGGUGCCCCAGGAGACAGAGGCCUUAUUGGAGAGAGGGGAGUAGAUGGACCACCAGGAAAUGGAACAGAGGGUUGCCAUGGUUUCCAGGGUUAUCAUGGUCCCAGGGGAGAUCCUGGAGAGCCUGGAAGCAGAGGAACACCAGGGCCCAAAGGGGAUGAUGGGGAACCCGGUGAACCUGGUUCAGAUAACACUGAUCCAGGAGAGCCUGGGCCAAAAGGACCAAAAGGACAUAGAGGUCCUGAAGGAUUACCUGGACCUCCUGGACCUCCUGGGCCCCCUGGAGUUGAUGACUGUGAGAUCCUGGAUAUCAUCAUGAGGAUGUGCUCUUGUUGUGAGUGCAAGUGUGGACCCCUGGACAUUACCUUUAUUGUGGACAGCUCUGAGAGUAUCGGCGCUAACAACUUUGCUAUCGCUAAGGACUUCAUCAUAGCUGUCAUUGACAGACUGAUCAGAGAUCAACAAGUCAAAUUUGGCUUGAGCGAGUCUCGGAUUGGUGUGGUUCAAUACAGUGGAGAAAAGGCUCAAGAGGUUGUGAAGCUUGGUGACCCCGACAUCCGGAACAUAACAGCGCUCAAGCAGGCUGUUAGAGAGUUGCGUUGGCUGGCUGAAGCCACCUACACCGGAGAAGCCCUCGGGUAUUCAUGGGAUAAUAUGAUCCAUCGGCUGGGAGCAGACCAUUCAAAGAGUGUCGUGCUGGUCCUGACUGAUGGUCGUUCGGACACUAAGAGAGACAAGGUGCCUCUAAACGUACUGUGUGGCCGAGGCCUACGGGUUGUUGGUGUAGGUGUUAUAGACUAUUCUGGUAGACAGCCCAGCAGUGAUCAGGUGGAAGACGUGAGCUGUUCAAGUGAUCCGAGUAAACCAGGUGCCUCUUUUGUCCUUAACAACUUCGGCAUGCUCCUGGAUGAUACUUUCCUCCAAAACUUGACCGACACAAUGUGUCAAGACAAGAAAUGCCCGAAUUACACUUGUCCAAUUUUCUUUAAGAAUUCCACAGAUAUUCUGAUUAUGAUGGAUAGCUCAGCUAGCGUGGGUGCCAAAAACUUUGAGUUGACCCAAAACUUCACAGAGAAGCUGGUAAAGCGCUUCCUGUCAGCAGAGAAAGGAAGAAACGUUCAGGCCCGUGUUGCCGUUGGGCAGUACAGUGACACCGCUAAGCUAGAAGCUGGCUUUUCUACCAAUUACACUGUAGUGGCUGCUCAGCUCGCAAACGCCAAGUUCCAGAAUGCUGGCACGCAAGUGACCGGGGCUCUCAGUUUCGCCGUUAACCAAUUCAGGGGAAGCCGGAACAGGAAGAAGAAGCUGCUGCUGUUUUCAGAUGGGCGCUCACAAGGCUUGAGCACUAGGCAAUUAGAAGAGGCGGUAGCGGAAAUUAACACACAAGGCAUUGAGCUUUAUGUUCUGGCUGUUGAGAAUCAGCUGAACCAACACAACCUGCAAAUCUUGGCAAGCCGUGGACGGCUCGAUGACAACAUCUAUGCUGCCCGCCAUCUAAUUAGGGCUCCUGACUAUCGCUCCUUGCUUAGAGGAGUCUUUUUCCAAACUGUGUCCCGGAAGAUUUCAUUGGAUUGAGUAGAAAGGGCAUGUAAUGUCUUCUCAAUAAGCAGGAGCUGAUCGGGCAGUGGGAGGGUAAAAAGUAACAAGUACGUAGCUGGUGGGGCAAUAGAGCACACGUAACUUUUUUUUCCAUUAAAUUGGGUUCCAUAUUUCAUUUUACAUCACGUAGGGUUUUCUUUGAGUUAUAUAAGUAUGUCAUUUAUAUGCUUUUGGAAGGUAAAGGGAUUAAGAAAGAGAGUAAUUUCACAGUCAUCAUUUAACAGCAUAUACAUUUCAUAGAUUCAUAGACCAUUCAUAUACAUUGGAUUUUUUUUUAUUUUUUUUUUUAUUUUUAUGGACAACUUUUUUAUAGUACAGAAAAUGUUAAAUAUUCUUUAUUGAGAUAACGCAUACCAUCGUCAUCACCACCAUCAUCUCCUCUAAAUAUACAUGCUGAUAUUGUCUUUCUCAAGUCUAGAUCGAGUCCCAUCUUUAUCUCCUUUGUAUAUCAUAAAAUGUCACUUGAAUAUAAAUUUGGUGCUACCAAUGUACACUCAGGCUCAUUUAAAAUGCAAAAGCAAAUUUUUAAAUUUGUCAUAGUGCCUUUAAUCAAAGAUUGCUUUUACCACUGGGAAUGUGUCAGAUUUUAUAUAUGUUAUGUUUUUAACUAAGUCAUGGGGAUGCUGAAGAGGGUUUUUCAAUAAAGAAUGCUUCACCCACCAAA